AAUGUGUGUUCAUACCUCUCUAUGCCUCACACCUGCUAUAAACUACCCUAGCAGAAACACAUACAGACAGACACACAUUAUAUACACACACCUAUUUAUUUAUUCUACACAGACACACAGCCAUAUAGAAAAAUGUCUUCAGAUAUGGAUGGGACCAUGCUCCUGGGGGUGGAAGGCAUUAAGAAAACCAUCCUGUAUGGAGGGACAGCUGAGAUGCCCCGGUUCAUUACUGGGACCAAGGUGACCUUCCAUUUCCGUACCCAGCUGUGUGAUGAUGAUCGUACGGUGAUAGACGACAGUAAGGUGACGGGCGUGCCAAUGGAGGUGGUGAUCGGGAACAUGUUCAAGCUGGAGAUCUGGGAGACCCUGCUCACCUCCAUGAGGAUCGGAGAGGUGGCCGAGUUCUGGUGCGAUGUCACCCACACUGGCCUCUACCCCCUGGUGGCCAAGAGCUUGCGGCGCAUUGCGGAGGGCAAGGACCCUGUGGACUGGCACAUCCAUUCGUGUGGCAUGGCCAACAUGUUUGCCUACCACACCCUGGGCUAUGAUGACCUGGACCAGCUACAGAAGGAGCCUCAGCCUCUCUACUUUGUACUGGAACUGGUCAAGGUGCAGCAGCCCAGUGAGUAUGACAGGGAGUCGUGGGCUCUGAAUGAUGAGGAGAGACUGAAGGCUGUGCCCUUGCUCCACGGCCAGGGGAACAAGCUCUACAAACUGGGGCGCUACCAGGACGCCACCAACAAAUACAAAGAGGCCAUAGUCUGCAUCAAGAACAUACAGCACAAGGAAAAAGCAUGGGAAGCCCCCUGGCUGAAGCUAGAGAAGAUGGGGAACAUGCUGACUCUCAACUACUGCCAGUGUCUGCUCCGUAUGGAGGAGUACUAUGAGGUCAUAGAGCACACCAGUGACAUCAUCAAUCAGCACCCAGGUGAAAUGAAGGCGUUCUACGUGCGAGGGAAGGCCCACAUUGAGGUGUGGAACGAAGCUGAGGCGCGGGCUGACUUUGAGAGGGUUCUAGAUCUGGACCCUGGCAUGAAGAAGGCUGUUAAGAAGGACCUGGGUGUCCUCAACAUGAGGAUGGAGGAGAAGAAUGAGGAGGAUAAAGUCAAGUACAAGGGAAUGUUCUGACAUGGUCCAGGAGAUAUGCAGAUAUGGAGGGGGAGGGUCAAUGUCAAAGUUAAAGUGGACAGCACAGAUGGUGCUUGUGGAGGAAGAGAGGAGAGAUGGGCAAAGCAGGAGUGAGAGAGAGAGAGAGAAAAUGUAUCCUAGAUCAUUGUUACUUAUUUAUCUAUGUUUUUCCUGGAACAUUGUUUGGUGGUCAAUCCAUUUGGGUAGAACAUGUAUCCAUUAUGUCUGACUUGAAUGGUUGAAGCCCAACAAGUACUGCAUCUAGUCAUAAAAUGCAAAUAAAUCUUGGUGUAGAUUAUGUACUCAUCAGA